UGCCAAGUCGAGCACUGACUUUAACGAAAAUCGAAAAUCUGUUAUCUACUCAGUAUAGAAGAGAAGUUAAGGAGUUCAAAUAAAUAAAUCGGAUGACUAGAACUCGAAUUUUAUUCCAGCUAUUUUCGUUAAGGAUCCGGGUCUACGGCUACACUCUACGAUGUAGAUAAGACUAUUUAGGGAUAAAGCAUUAAGUAUUUAUUAAUUAACUGCAAUGAGCGAAGAAAUUUUGUACAUUGUUUCGGAUUACAUUCAAUUGUUUGAACCUGUAGAUUUGAAAAAAACCUCUAAGAAACGAUCGGGAAGUGUUUUAAAUUAUAUUGGUGCACUUAAGUAUUUUCCAUACAUCUCUUUAGAAUCAUUUAAUUCAAAUGAGCCAACAUGGAAAUUUUGUAUUGGAGGCAAUGGUCAAGUUUUAUCUAUUGUUCAACCAUCUACUCUCGAAAUGCGCACAGAAAGUCAUUACAACAAGAUUUUGGCUAAAGCCACAUUACCCGAUUUAAUAAAUGAUGAUUUAUAUCCAUCAAAGAGAGUAUUAGCAUGGAGUCCUGAUUGUUCUAUCUUUGCAAUAGCCACUACACAUGGUCAUAUUGCUUGUUAUGAUCUUUUGGCCUCCAAUUUAUUUGUCAUUGAGUCUAUUCACAAAAGUACCAAACAACCUGCAAAUAAUAAUUAUGCCCAAGAAUUGUUCUUCUCAGAUUUGCGCACGCGGUCUUCAAAAUGGUCAUAUGAACUUAUAUUAAUUGGUGGAAAUGGAUCAUUAACUAGCUAUGCGGUAUCAUCUGUUUAUGGUUAUCAAAUACAACAUACAUUUAAUUUUAUUCAAGUAUUAGGUGCAUCUACAUUAUCAUCUGUCACAUCAUGUGCAGAUCCAGCCUACAUGAUUACAUCUUCUGAUGUUCAAAAUCAAUUAGACUUAAAUGAUUCUGGUUUAAAUUUAUGGUCAAUGAUUUCAUAUGAACCUUACUACAAUCCUGUUUUACCUUCAAAUAUUAUAAAAAAUGGAUUUUUAUCCAAAUUUUUUAAUAUGAUAUUGCGCAGAAAUAAUAAACAUAUAAUAAAAAUGCGUUUAUCGCCUUUAUGUACAAUGCUGGCAUGUUUAUAUGGUACUAGAACAGUUUGCAUAUGGAAUUUUCCAGAUAUAAUCAUUUGCAAUAAAUGGUUUGUAAACGAUCAAAAAGAAUUUGGUGGAAUUGUAGAUAUUGAAUGGUGGAGUAAUGAGAUUUUGAUUUUAGGAUGUUUUGAUGGUACUUUAAUCGUUUGUCUAGAAAAAGGUCAACAGAGUGUAGUUAAUACAAAACUGAAUCCUUUUCAUUUCAAAUUAUGUGGUUCAUAUAAUAGUGACAAUUUUGUUGUUGCUGAUUUUAAAAAAAUAGAAUAUUUCAAUAAUUCUCAGGAUUCUUCUGUAAACACCAAAGGGACUUCAACAAAUAUGUAUAAACUUAUUGCAGUGACUAAAACUACUCCUCAACAGCUGCUUAUGAAAAAAAUACAAAAAAAGGAGUAUGAAGAUGCAUUACAGUUAGCUUUGAAGUACAAUUUGAAUCAAGAUUUGGUCUAUAAACACCAAUGGUGUAAUAGUUCAGUUCUGGAAGAAACAAUUAAUAAUAUUUUAAGUAAAGUAUCUGAUAAACAAUGGAUUGUGAACGAGUGUUGCAAUAGAGUUUCAGAAACGUUAACUGGAGCAAAGCAGUUGAUUGCCUAUGGUUUAGAAAUAACAGAUUUUUCUGCUUACUUAAACAUAGAUCCUGAAAAUUUGAGUACUUUUAGUCAAGAAGGUAAAGAAUUUAUAGUAUCAAGACUCAAACUAUUAAAUUACUUAGAUAAGCUGUCCACUUAUGAAAUCAUUUUAAAAAAAAUGGAUGGUGACUGUGAGUCCCUUUAUAGUGCCAACACAUAUAAACAUCUUAGAGAUUUAAGUCCUCUACAAUGGGCUCUACAGUUAGCUAGACAAUGCCAAGUUGAUGCUGUUUCUAUUGUUUUUACCUACUAUAGUGAUCAAGUUCUCCCUUUCUGGUUAGACAUAAUAAAUGAUUUUCCAGAGACAUUAAUGCCCAAAUUAUACAAACAUUUAUUGCCAGUUUGGAAUACAUCUACAAAACAAGCCGUAUUAUUAGAAUCAGAAAUUUUAAGGGAACUUGACUGGUGUGAAUCAGAUAGAUUUAAAUUAUUAACUGGUACUUUUGAAAGUAUAAAAAUAAUUACAUUAUCUGAAAAUGACCUAAUUCAUUGGUAUACAAAAAGAAUUCGGGACAUUGAGUUGUGUACUAAAUUAGUUCAACAUGCAUUAGAAUUGUCAACCAUUGCACUUGAAAACAAUAUCAAAGGAUUAGAAAAAUUACACGAAGAUUUGUCUGUUUUGGAAGUUUUAGUGUAUGAAGUUGGCUUAGAGAAUAUGUUUUUGAAAGAUAUUGAACAAUUAAACACUUUAGAAAAAGCAUCAUUAUUUAUGUCAAGGUGUGAUGAAACAUUAUUCUUGAAGAAUUUGACAAACUAUUUUUUGCCAUAUAUUCAAACGAAAGCUGAUACGUUUUAUAUUUUGGAAAAAUACUUAAUUCAAACAUGUGAAAGUUCAUUAAAAAAGUCAUCACAGUAUUUCGAGUAUGUUCAAAAUAAUGGUUGGUGUGUAAGUGUCUCAGAUAAUGCAAAAAUAGAUUUAGGCCUUAAAUGUAUUUAUACUUAUUCAAGAACUGAUCAAUUAGACGAAGCACAAUGUAUAGUUCUGUCACUGUUAAAAAGUGUGAAAAACAAUGUUGAAAAUAAACCUUGUAUUAAAAAACUUGAGGAUAUGAAACAAAUAAUAAAUGCUUCAAAACUAUUACUGAAUUAUGGAAUUAGAUAUCCUCUUAAAGAUUUAAUUAAUAAUUUGACUGAUAGUGGUUUUUUCCGAAAAGUUAUGGUUUUAAUGUGCGAGUAUACGUCAAUAAAAAAUCAAACAGAAAAGUAUUGGUCAAAUGUACUUGGAGAUUUAUUAAAAAUAGCAGAAUAUUGUUUUCCAUCUCUUUCGGUUGCAAUAUGUUACGAGGAAUAUGUUAGAAUGUUGUUAACUAGCCAAGAUGAAAAAAUAAUGCUAUUGAGUAAAGAUAUUUUAUUGGGAAAAUUACCUGAAAACUUAAGCUUAAAAAUAAUAAAAAAUUCAUUUUCUAUGUAUUUUGACCAAUCAAAGUCUUUCAACGAUUCAUCAAUGGCCUUAGCUAAAUUAUGUUUACAAAUCAUACCUAAUAUUGAUGAUCUUGUAAUACAUGAAUGGAAUUUAAUUUCUGCUAUGACAAUAUUUAACACUCUUGGUACUAAAUUACUUCCAGUUCAAGUUCGCCAAUGUGAAAAUAAAUGGAAACUGAUUGACAUAAGUAUAUCUUCUAAACCAAAUAAUUACACAUUACUUAAAAAGUUAAUAGUAUUAGCUAAUAAAUUGGAAAUUUCAAGUCAUGAAAAUUUUGUAUCCAUCGAAUCCAACAUUUUAUUCAAAUGUGCUAUGACUGCUUUUCAAGCUAAUGAUUUAAAGUUUGCUUCUAAAACUUGUGUUCAAUUGAUAGACAAACAUGAGCCAUCAGUAUGGCCAUUAUGUGUAGAAAUAGGACUACAUAAUGAUAUCGUUGAUAUUGGUUUAAAGAUUAAAGUAUUAUCAUUUGCUGUGCUCAAUUGUCCAGUUGAAAAAAUCAUCUCAGUUAUUGAAUUGCGGAAAUCAUUGGAAAAUGAAAAUACUGAACAAUUAUAUGAGUAUGAUUCUCCAUUAGAGCUUCCAGUAAUUAAGAACAUCAAUUAUCUUGCUGUAUCAAAUCAUGAAAGUUCAUUACAUUUAAAAUGUUCCAAUUGUGUUGAAGUUGGAUUAUCACAUGAAGACAUGAUAUUUAAUUUAAAAGAAUUGUUUAAAGUAUCUUAUAACCAUUCUAAUAUUGACAAAGUGUUGGCCAUUUAUGGCUUUAAAUAUCUUGGUUAUGAUUCCAAAAUGUCAGUAUUAUGUUUCUUACAUGUAUCAAGCAACAUUAUUGUUGAUGAAUGCUUCAAUUGUUGUGAAGGAGUUCUAAGUACUAAAUUAGCACUUUAUAUUUUUGCAUUACGCUAUGCACUUCAAUUUAUGCAUGAUAUAGAAUUCCUGAAAUUAUCAACAAAUAAACUAAUUAAACAAGUUAUGUCUAAUUUAAAUGCUCAACCCUCACUAUCUGAACCUGAAAUAGGACAGUACUUACGUAAAUAUGCAUUAUUGUAUAGUAAAUGUUCAAAAGGAUUAGAUUCAAAUUUGAGCUCUGAAGAAAUGAAAAAAGAACUUAUCAGAAUGGCUGGAACUGGUCAAUUAAAAAAUCUUGAAAAAGCACUAGAAAUAUGUAAUAGGCAAUCUUUAGAUUUAAAUGAUAUAUUGUUAUUAGAGUUUUUAAAACAUUGUUUACACACAAUGUCUUCGAGAAAUUUAGAAGAAAUUAUAACUACAAUGGAAUUUGAUAGUUUGAUUCAAAACAAAGAGCAGUUUUACAAUAAUCUGAUCAAUGUUUAUGAAGAUGUUCCAGGAACUAAUCAUAAUGUUUUGAUUGCUUAUUAUAUAGUGUUAAACUAUAUUUAUCCUAAUAACUCUCUGCAACACGGAGAUAACAUGACACCUAAUCAACAUAUAAAGUUGUUAAAGAGAGUUCAUAGUACUCUUCCAGACAUAGAUUACAAGUUACUGUUGAAUCCUGAAACUGCUUAUGAAACAUUUUCUAAUGCCCAACAAACUGGAUGUAGUUCUCAUGUUCUAAGUAGAUUGUUGAAAAACUUACCUGAAAAAAUACAACACUGUAUAAAAUUUAGUCGUUCUACUUCUUCAGCAUCUGAUGUAUGUCAGGAUAACAUAGAUUUUGAUCAAUUGAUGCAAAAUAUUGAAUCACCUGCUGAUAUUGAUAAAAUUGUAAAACUUUUAUCUCAGUCACAUAAUGUUAAUGAUGUAUGGGUCAACGCUUUAAAACGGUUAUUGGCUUUUCAGCCAUUUGAAUAUCGGAUUUCAAUAUCGGUACUGAAAUAUACAUGUAGUAAACAUAAUUUUAGCCAAAAGGAAUUAGAAGAUUUUAGUAGUAUUCCAAAUGUGAAUAGAACAUUGCUUUUUUUAUUAUAUUUACUAUCUGGAGAGAGUGCUGUAGAAGCAGCAGCUAUUAGUUAUUUUCAAACUAACCAUGAAUUACCCGAUUCGGUAUUAGACACUAUUCUUGAAUACGGCCUUGUAGAACAAUUGUUUGAGUGUGAAGAGAUAAUGAACAACCUUACAUGUCGAGUAUUGGUUGGAAACAGUGGAAAAAAUUGCCGAAUAGUUUGUGAACAGUUAGUUUCUGCUAGACGUAAUUUAUUAGCUGGUUCAUUGCAUUUAACUUACAACAGUGUACCAGCUGCAUUGAAAACUAAUGUAGCUGCGAUAGAAAUAUCUGAAAGUUAUUUAGGGAGAAAUACUAAAGAUAAGUGA